GUCACAAUUCUCGAUUCCGCAGAACUCGAGCGUGUCUGGCUUUAGCCUUUUUGAGCCUUCGUGAGGGUGCAGGCGCCUCCUAACUCCUCCAGCCUUGGGUUUAGACCAGGGACAUCGUCCUUGUGUCCUGCAGAACCAGACGUGUGUGACCUCUGCCUGUGUCCUGCUCGUGGCCCCUCAGAUAUUUUGCCUGGAAGAAAAAUGUGAUAACUUCUGUGAGAUCUUCAGGCAGGGGAGCUGGAAUGAAGAUGUCAGCAGUGCAGCCUGGGAAGCACGAGUAUCGUGCCACCAUCUUCAGACUGUUACUGGCUGCUGGUCUUGUCGCUGAUGUCCAGAGUUCUUGUGAGCCCCCGCCACGUUUACCAUCUGCAGAACUGAAAGAUGCUUAUCAGCACAUUGCGGAUUUUUCUGAGGAUUCAGAGGUGGAGUAUGUCUGUCGUCCAGGUUACAUGAGAAAUAUCCGGGUCAAAAGUACUUUGAUUUGUAAAAAUAAUAGGUGGAGAGGAGCAGACGACAUUUGUGUACCAAGGUUAUGCAGAUACCCUCGAGAGCCAGCCAACGGCAGAAUACUUCUGGGGGAAAAAUUCACUCUUGGUUCAACAGCAACCUUCGUCUGUGAUCCUGGGCACCGACUUGUUGGAAGUUCCAAUAUUCAGUGUGUGCUUAAAAAUGGGGUUGUUACAUGGGACAAGGAGAUUCCAUUCUGUGAACCAAUACCAUGCCCGCCCCCUCCGGACAUAGCGAACGGAGCCUAUAGUGGAACCAUCAGAGGCGAGUUCAGUUACGGAGCCACUGUCACUUACCACUGUGACACCGUCAGGAGGGGAGAGAUGCCUUUCUCGCUCAUCGGCGAUGCCUCUAUUCACUGUACGACCACAGAUGACCUGAACGGGGUCUGGAGCAAACCUGCCCCCGAGUGCAAAGUGGUUCGCUGUGAGCGACCAAAUAUUGACAAUGGAAUUCUGUUGAGCAGUUACAGACCGCAGUACACCUACAAAGACACCGUCAUGUUUGACUGUAACCUCCGCUACACCAUGAAUGGCAGCGCGACAUCGACGUGCACAGAAAACAGCAUUUGGGAGCCCCCGCUGCCAGUUUGUCAACAAAGUAGCUGUGAUGACCCUCCUGAUAUAGCUAAUGCUGCCAAAAGACACAUUAUUGGCAGUUUAUUUCCUGUUAAGACUGUAAUCACAUAUGAGUGUAAUGCGGGCCAUGAGUACAGCCCUGGAGAAAACACAUGGCACAUCGAAUGUCUGCCAGAUUUUACAUGGACCGAAGUUUCACAUUCUUGUGAAAGGGUUCGUUGUCCAGCACCAGAUGUCCAAUAUGGAAAGCACAGGCAUGCAUGGAGAUAUAAGGAAAAUAAUUACGAGUAUGGAGACAGUGUUCGAAUUACGUGCAAUGAUGGCUACGCUUUCAGAGAUCACAGCAAUGAAGUUGUGCUUCAGUGCACAACGAGUGGUGCGUGGGACCCUGAGGUACCCGAGUGUGUGCCAGAGCUUCGUUGUCCAGAACCAGUCAUUGAUCAUGGAAGAGCAGAGUAUAAGAGCAGAGAGAUCUACACCCCUCGGACCCAAGUGACGGUAACGUGCGAUUCUGGCUACGUCCUCAUAGGCGAGGCCUCCAUCGAGUGCCAGGCUGGUGAGGGCUGGACUCCUCAGCUGCCUUUUUGUGAGAAAGUCUGUGGCCCACCUCCCAAAAUCCAGAGCGGGCAGCACUCUGACUUGAGAAAAGAGCACUUCCUCUAUGGAUCCAAAGUAACCUACAGCUGUGCAGAGGGUUUGUCCCUCGUCGGGGAGGCCUCCAUUUACUGCACGUCCAUCGAUGGGGAGAACCUGACGUGGAGCGGACCUGCCCCAGAGUGCAAAGUUGUUCGCUGUCCAAAGCCAGUGAUUGCUCACGGAGGGAUGACCCCACCACGGCACACGUUCCCCUACGGGGAGGUUGUGCUAUUUUCCUGCGACAAGGGCUACAUGCUGCACGGCAGCAACAAGAGUCAUUGUGGGGAUGACAGCGCCUGGCACCCACCCCUGCCAACCUGUCAGCCAGUUCAGUGCCACAUACCAGUGCAAGAUGACCUCGUGAUUCGCACACACAGGACACAAUAUGAAGUGAAUGAAACUCUAGCCUUCUCCUGCAGAAGUGCUGGCAGUAAAUCAAUACUUUCAACUACCUGCUCUGCUGAUGGCAAGUGGGUGCCCUCACCCAAGUGUGAAACACCCAUUCAGAAAGGCAUAUGUGAGGAGUUUCUUCAAACAAACCGAGUUCUGCAGUGUGGAGCUUCUCUGGAAAGAGUGAAAACUGUGCUGGAAAUAAGGAAGUUGUAUCUAGAGAUCCAGAAACUCGAAAAGGAGCUAAACCUCAAAGCAAACAAGCAGCUUCCCACCGCUAUUUCCCUUUUCUCUGGGUCUUGUGGCCGGCUUGUCGGCACUGCCGCGCUCACUUUGAGGAGAGGCCGUCGCCGCUGUCGCUGCCCUCCGACCAGGAGCGCUCCUGGCACCAUGAAGAUGUCUCCUUGGUGGAGCUGGCAGCUCCUGGGACUGCUGCCCCUGCUGCUGGAGCCAGCUGGGAGUAUCACUCCCUCCCCAGGUACUUGCGAGGAGCCCCCCAAAAUUCCCAAUGCUUUCCAGAAGUCCUUCGUGGGGACGUUCAUUCCCGCUGGGACCGUCGUUGAGUACAGCUGCCUGAGAGGCUACGAGCUCAUCCCGGGAAUGGCCUCGGGACGGGCCGUUUGCCUGCACAACUUCACUUGGUCUCAAGUUGAGGACUUCUGCCAGAAAGUUCGCUGCCGCAAUCCAAACGUUACCAACGGAGUGCAGAUCCCUGAGCCAAGGCCUGGAGAAGACACGUAUGAAUAUGGGGACACGGUUUCCAUCGAGUGCAACCCUGGCUACGACAUCAGAGGUUGGAGCAUCCAGAGCCCUGCGCUGGUGCGGUGCAGGGACGACGGGAGCUGGAAUGCUGCCAUUCCCAAAUGUGAACCAGUUUGUGAGCAGCCCCAGGAUAUUCUGCACGGGAGACACAACAGCUGGGCAAGGAAGAAGUUUUCUGUAGGGACGUCAGUGAUGUACACGUGUGACAGAGGCUACAUGGUUGUUGGAGAGCCUCUUAUUUUUUGUCUAGCUGCAGAUGGGGUACACGCAAGCUGGAAUUCCUCUCCCCCUGAGUGUAAAGAGAUUCAGUGUCCAGCCCCAGUUAUCAAACAUGGAAGACUGAAGUCUGCAGAGAACUUCACUUACGGGAGCACAGUCACGGUGGAAUGCGAUGCCGGCUACAUCCCCACGGAUGCCACCACCAUUCAGUGCCAGGACAAUGGCAGAUGGCACCCCAGGGAGCCCACUUGUGUCCUAGGUCGCUGCCCCUUCCCUCCUGCCAUUGAGCACGCAGAGCAGAAACCCCACUGGAACUCGCUCGUGGGCAGCACUGUGACCUACUCCUGCAAAUUCGGAUAUUCUUUGCUGCCAGGGGUGUCUCCACAAACUACUUGUCUUAAAAAUUUCACCUGGUCCAGAAUUCCAAAGCUUUGCCAGAAGAUUCAGUGUCCAAACCCAACUAUUAACCAUGGACAAGAGAUCCUCGGGCGAGCUGUGUACGCCCAUAGGGACGCUGCGGAAUUCCGGUGUGAUCCCGGCUACAUGCUCCAAGGCACUCGGAGGAUUCUCUGCACGGCUGAUGGGACGUGGGAGCCCCCCGUUCCCUACUGCGACAGGGUUUGUGGCCCACCUCCAAAAAUCCAGAGUGGGCAGUACUCCAGCUUGAACAUGUGGAGAUUCCCCUAUGGAUCCAAAGUAACCUACAGCUGUGCAGAGGGUUUGUCCCUCGUCGGGGAGGCCUCCAUUUACUGCACGUCCAUCGAUGGGGAGAACCUGACGUGGAGCGGACCUGCCCCAGAGUGCAAAGUGGUUCGCUGUCCAAAGCCGGUGAUUGCUCACGGAGGGAUGACCCCACCACGGCACACAUUCCCCUACAAGCAGGUCGUGGUGUUUUCCUGCGACAAGGGCUACGUGCUGCACGGCAGCAGCACAAGUCAUUGUGGGGAUGACAGCGCCUGGCACCCGCCCCUGCCAACCUGUCAGCCAGUUCUGUGUCCAAAACCACAAGUGGAGAACGGCAAGUUGGUCGGUACCUGGAAUGGGGAGUUGUGGUACGGAAUAGAUGCAACGCUUACCUUCGAAUGCCUUCCUGGGCACCACUUCUCAGGUGAUGGCAACGUGCCUUUGGCAGACUCCUGGACAGUCACGUGCUUACCCGAUGGCACCUGGACACAGCUGCCCAAGUGUAGAAACCGAAAUGAUGCUGCUAUAUGUGAAGAGGUUCGUGAUAUGAAAGCAGCUUUUGAAUGCGGCAUGCCUGUAGCAGAACUGAAAAUGCUCCUGGAAAUACGAAAACUGUUUCUGGAGAUUCAGAAACUAAUGCUUUCCAUGAAUGAGAACCGUAGCGACUGCGGCCCUCCGCCCCCCAUGCCGCACGCGGAGCCGUCCAGCACCCGCGGCAGCUUCCCCGUUGGCUCCAAGGUCACGUACAGGUGCCUGGCGGGCGCCCUGCGGCUGCCCGGGCGCGGGGACACCGUGGAGUGCCUGCCCGGGCCUCGCUGGUCGGAGCUGCCCGAGCCCUGCGCCCGCAGCUGCGCCAGCCCCGCCAGGCUGCGCUCCGCGGCCCUCUCCGAGCAGGACCAGCAGAGGAACCUCUACCCCGUGGGCAUCACGGUGAGCUACGCGUGCCGCGCCGGCUACGCCAACAGCACGGCGAGCGCUGCCACCAGCACCUGCCUCCCCGACCUCACGUGGUCCCCGGCGCCCGAGCCCUGCGCCAGGAAGUCCUGCGGGCGCCCGGCAGCGCUGCCGGGGGGCCGGGUGCUGCCCGGCUCCGAGCUGCUCUUCGGCGCCAGGGCGCCCGUGCGCUGCGACGACGGGAAAGAGAGGCACGGAAGGCGCUUUGCACCAGGCGAGGAUGGGUGCCAGGGGAGAGCACGCUGUUCUCAGCUGGACACACGGCUCUUUCCCUGUGUGUUUUCCCCUAGGUACAGGCUACGCGGGAGGCCGUUCAUCCAGUGCCAGCUUAAAGGAAGAGACGUCGAGUGGAGCAAACUUCCCACUUGCGAAUUGAUUACCUGCUCCGCACCACCUCGGAUUAUCCAUGGAAAGCACGAUGGGGAAGGGGUAGAAAAAUUUCCUUAUAACUCCACGGUGACUUACAGCUGUGAUUCCGGCUUCCAGCUCCGCGGAAACGUUUCCCUUCGUUGCACAAGCACAGAUCAAAUAAACGGGGUCUGGAGCGGAGCAGCGCCCGAAUGUGCAGAGAAAAUACCUGGCAAGCUUGGAUCAAAAGUAAUGGAAAAGAGCCCUCCUCUCAAAGACUCCUAUGGCUCCAACAGCCAAGCAUCUAAGAAGGCUUUCAAAAAGGAGAUGAAACUCAACCUCUAUAAAAAGUCCCUCCAAAGCAGCAUCUCCUCCUCCUCCUCCUCCUCAUUCUCCAAGGCACCAGGGGCCUGUUCCAGCCCAACACGUCUAAGCUUUGCUAAACUAUCUGAAGAAGACGAAACCAAGAAUUUUUAUGCUGUCGGGGUCACUGUGAGCUACAUCUGCCGCGCGGGCUAUGAGAAAAGCAGCGAAGGGCUUCUCACCAGCACUUGUCUUGAAAAUACAACGUGGACAGAAGUUCCUGAGUUGUGUCAAAAGAAAUCUUGUGGUGUUCCAGCACAUCCAGAGCAUGGCAAAGUGGUUGCCACCGAUCACCUGUUUGGUGCAAGAGCAAGCGUGGUUUGUGAUGAGGGGUACCGGCUGGCCGCGCGCUCGCCGCUCGUCCACUGCCUGCUCCGCGGCGGCGGCGUCGCCUGGAGCCACGUGCCCGCGUGCCGGGCCAUUGCCUGUGCUCCUCCUCCGGCCAUCCCCAACGGGACGCACAACGGCAGCAGCGUGCAGGAGUUUGGGUACCACUCGGCCGUCACUUACACGUGUGACCUUGGCUUCUACCUCACGGGGGAUGACACUCUUCGCUGCACAGAUGAGAAGAAGAUGCACGGGGUGUGGAGCGGGUCCCCUCCUGCCUGCAGAGCCAUUGCCUGUGCUCCUCCUCCGGCCAUCCGCAACGGGACGCACAACGGCAGCAGCGUGCAGGAGUUUGGGUACCACUCGGCCGUCACUUACACGUGUGACUUCGGCCUCCAUCUCGUUGGGGAGGAAACUCUUCGCUGCACAGUUGAAGACAAGAUGCACGGGGUGUGGAGCGGGUCCCCUCCUGAAUGCCGAGUUGAGACCAUGGCAGUGACAGACCCACCUAAACUCUUAGAAGAUGAAACAGCAGAGAAUCGUCGCGUCUUCGAUUUGCUGCUUGCCUCCCAAGGGAUCUUCAUCCUUCUACUGUGGGUGUUCAUGAGGUGGAAGAGGAAGAAGCAGCAAUGUUCUUAUGAAACAGGCUCCCCGAAGCGCGGAACGAAGGGCAUGGAUCUGCAGACAAGUCGGAGGGUCCCCGUGCCGCGGGAUCUCCUUGCCUGCCCCCACGGGAGCUGCCACGUGUGUCCGCGCUGCGAGGCCGGGCUGCACGCUCACCUGGAUGGGCAGCCCUGCACCACGUGCAGGGCCUGGCUGCGCGCCCGCCUCGGCCCCGCUCCCACCUACUCGGCCCUGAGCAUCGGCGAUGCCGGGAGCGCCACCACGGCGGUCACAAGCGCCGCGGAGCCCGUGUGCCCGCGCUGCACCGACCGGCUGCACCUCGCGCUGGUGCACUCGGCGGCGCCGGGCGGCUACGUGUGCCCGCUGCCCCGCGCCGGGGCGGCCGCGCACCUGGUGCCGGCGCGCGGGCCACCGUGCCAUGUGUGCCCACGGUGCCGCGCGCCCGUCCACGUGCACCUCUGCCAGGAUGUCCCCACCGCUCGUCGCGGUGACUGCGGGCCGCCGCCGCGGCUCUCCUUCGCCGAGCCGGACGGGCCCACAAACGGCUCGUACGUCGCCGGCGCGCGGGUCAAGUACAAGUGCCGGCCGGGGCACGUGCCAGCCCAGGGCAAGGUCCCCUACACCGUGUGCAUCGACACCGAGUGGUCCUUCGACAGCGACUUCUGCAUCGGGAAGCGCUGCAGUGUCCCGGAGAUACCCAACGGCAGGUUUGAUGACAACGCCGACUUCCUCUUCGGAGGGAUGAUUCACUUCAGCUGCAACGAAGGGUACCGACUCAUUGGGGAUCCAGUUGCACAGUGUAUCCUUCAUGGCACUGACGUUGCCUGGAACCAGAUUCCGUUCUGUGAAAUUAUUCCCUGUGAGCCUCCUCCUGAGAUUGCAAACGGGCAGUUCACUGCUCAUGACGAAAGCUUUACCUUUGGCUCCACUGUUACUUACAGCUGUCACCAAAAUUUUACUCUCAUCGGAGAGUCCCAGAUUCACUGUACUUCAGAUGACAAAUUGAAUGGAAAAUGGAGUCAUCCGGCCCCUGAAUGCAAAGUGGUGAGAUGUCAAAAUCCAGAGGUGCCAAACGGGGAGAAGGUGUCUGGCUUUGGCACUGUGUACACGUAUAAGAACGCAGUCACUUUCCAGUGUAAACUCGGCUACCUCAUGAACGGGAGCAGUGUCAUUACUUGUGAAGCCGACAGCACAUGGAAGCCAGCCCUGCCACGCUGUGACCCACGUUACUGUGGUCCUCCUCCAAACUUCACUUUUGCCGGAUUACCGGGCACCGUGAGCAGCCAGUACAUUGUUGGAACUGAGCUGACUUACACCUGUAAACCAGGUUACACUGCAGCAAGUGGGAAGUCUCCUGUUGUUACUUGUCUGACAAAUGCAACUUGGUCCGCGAGCUCCAAGUUCUGUACACGACGACAAUGUUCUACUCCCCAAAUAAAGGACGGGAAAGUGUUAGGAGACAAUUUCGAGUUUGAGGCAACCGUGACAUUCACCUGUAACGCUGGGUUUAAAUUAAAUGGGCCAUCUUCUGCCACAUGCAUAGCUUCAGGAAAUGGAGUUGCCUGGAAUACAGCAUUUCCGACCUGUGAAAGAGAGCCCCUCAGUGUUUCCUGUGGACCACCACCGACGAUCGACAAUGGGAUACACAAUGGCACAGCAGAAAGCAGCUUCCCUCACGGCUCUGUUGUAGGCUAUAAAUGUAACGACGGCUUCACCUUUGUUGGGAAAGCCUCUAUCCACUGUACAGUGGAAGGUGAAUCUCGUGGAGUUUGGAGCAAGCCUACUCCUGAAUGCAAAGGUACGGCUAACAAGAUUGUUGCUGGAAUCCUGCCUCUCCUCCUGGCAAUCCUGAUUCUUCACUUUUACCGCAGUGGCCGCGGCGGCUGUCGGGGGCCGCGCAUGGCGCUCGCCGGCCGCCUCCUGGGCGCCUGCGCUCUGCUCGUGGCCGCCCGGGCCCAGGCACAAGGCAUCCAGUGCUCCCGACCUCCGGAUAUUCCCCACGGGAUGCACACGGGCCGGUUCAUGAGCGCGUUCCCCAAUGGAUCAGUCAUAACGUACACGUGCAUUCAAGGCUAUGUCCGCGUUGGCGAGGCCAACAUCCACUGCGCGACGGCGGACGGGCGGACGGGCGCGUGGAGCGGGGCACCGCCGCAGUGCCGCCUCAAUGCUCAGUGCGCAUUCCCGCACAUCCAGAAUGGGAGGACACUGCCGGCUCCCUACAUCUACAGGCCCGGGGAUACCGCGAGCUUUGCGUGCAAUCCAGGCUACGCCAUCCAGGGCUCCCGCGCAGCCGUGUGCGGAGCUGAUUUCACGUGGAGUCCCCCUCUGCCAGUGUGCAAAAAGGAGGUGAAGUGUUCCCGGCCACCCAACAUCGCCAACGGGCAGCACAGCGGCCGCUCCUCAGACACCUUUCCCCGGGGAACGACGGUGACCUACACCUGCAGGGAAGGCUACACCAUGGUUGGGAACAUGUCCAUCAACUGCUCGGACACGGGGCUGUGGAGACGGCCCCUUCCCCGCUGCGAAGCCAUCGGAUGCGAGAGCCCCACGGUGCAGAACGGGGUAGUUCUCAGCUUGCAGAGCGCCUACAAAGCUGGCGAGACUCUUCAUUUUGCCUGUGAAGAUGGUUACGCCUCAGAGGACUCCUACGAGGCCCGGUGCCAGCCGGGGGGCGCGUGGGACCCACCGGUGCUCAGCUGCACCAAGGUCCGGCCGUGCCCCAUGCCUCCCAGGAUCGCUCACGGCCACCACAACAGCCUGGACAGGCCGUUUUUCACCUUGGGAAUGUCCGUGAUGUACAGCUGCGAUCCCGGCUACUACCUUAUUGGAAACGGCCUUGUUCUCUGCAGAGCCUCUGGCAACUGGAGCCUCCCCACGCCUCGCUGUGAAGAGGUGAAGUGUUCCCGGCCACCCAACAUCGCCAACGGGCAGCACAGCGGCCGCUCCUCAGACACCUUUCCCCGGGGAACGACGGUGACCUACACCUGCAGGGAAGGCUACACCAUGGUUGGGAACAUGUCCAUCAACUGCUCGGACACGGGGCUGUGGAGACGGCCCCUUCCCCGCUGCGAAGCCAUCGGAUGCGAGAGCCCCACGGUGCAGAACGGGGUAGUUCUCAGCUUGCAGAGCGCCUACAAAGCUGGCGAGACUCUUCAUUUUGCCUGUGAAGAUGGUUAUGCCUCAGAGGACUCCUAUGAGGCCCGGUGCCAGCCGGGGGGCGCGUGGGACCCACCGGUGCUCAGCUGCACCAAGGUCCGGCCGUGCCCCAUGCCUCCCAGGAUCGCUCACGGCCACCACAACAGCCUGGACAGGCCGUUUUUCACCUUGGGAAUGUCCGUGAUGUACAGCUGCAAUCCCGGCUACUACCUUAUUGGAAACGGCCUUGUUCUCUGCAGAGCCUCUGGCAACUGGAGCCUCCCCACGCCUCGCUGUGAAGGGAAACAGUGCAGUCAUCCUGGUGAACCUGAGAACGGCAAGAUUAGUUUCAUAACAGACCUCCUUUUUGGGUCAAUAGUGAACUACAGCUGUGAGGAAGGGCACAGGUUAAUUGGGCAGUCCAGCAGGCGAUGUGAGAUUGCUGGCAGAGCGCGUGUUGAAUGGAGUGGCAGCCUUCCCAUUUGUCAGCGAAUUCCCUGCGAGCCUCCUCCCGACAUUCCCCACGGGAAGCACACGGGCAGGCUGCUGGACGAGUUCUACUUCGGCACGUCGGUGACGUACACGUGCGACGCGGGGCACCCGCUGCGCGGCGAGGCCUCCAUGCACUGCACCACCAGGGACGGCUACAACGGCGUGUGGAGCAGCCCUCCGCCUCAGUGCGGAGCAUCGACAUGCCCAGCUCCUCCAGCCAUCUCCAACGGGAAGCACAGCGGGAAGCCCGGGGAGGCCUUCAGCGCCGGAGCAUCUGUUAAUUACCGCUGCGAUCGUGGCUAUGCUCUGGUCGGGGAAGCACAGCUUAACUGCACUGCCUCUGGCACGUGGAGCCUCCCCAGCCCUCGGUGUGAAGCUGGCUGUAAUGCACCCGCGAGGCUGGUGUUUGCUGAGCUCAAGGAGGAGUUCAGCAAUCAGCCCGUCUUCGCCGUGGGGCGGACAGUGGAAUAUGUGUGUCGGCCUGGAUAUGCCAACCACCCAGGAAUGCAGCCGUCUGUCACGUGUCUCCAGAACAGGACAUGGUCUGCAGCCCCGGAGUUCUGCAAAAGGAAGCAGUGUCCUAACCCAGAGGUACCGGAGAAUGGCAGAGUUGAAAUUCUGACCGACCUCUUCUUCGGGUCGAAAGUGAAUUACACUUGUGAAGAAGGGCACAAGCUGAUCGGACCUUCUCAGAGAAGAUGUGAGGUCUCUGGCACACGUGUUUUAUGGAGCGGAGAUGUUCCUGUUUGCCGCAAGGUGAAUUGUUCUUCUCCUCCAAACAUUGCCAAUGGGAAGCACAACGGUCAGUCCUCAGACAAGUUUCCCCCUGGAACAAUCAUUCAAUACACCUGCAAGAAUGGUUAUACCCUCAUUGGGAAUGCAACCAUUAACUCCACUGGCUGCAAAAGACCCCAGAUUGAGAAUGGAAGAACAACUGGACCUGAGACCAUGUACAAAUUUAUGGACAUUAUUGUCUUUGAAUGUGAUUUUGGCUAUGCCUUAAAGGGCUCUCAAGAGUCUCAAUGCCAGUUGGGAGGCACCUGGGACCCUCCUCUCCCCACCUGUGAAAAGAUGCUGCUGUGUCCUUCCCCACCAAGCAUCAAAAACGGCCAGUACAACAGCAGGGAGGAGAAAGUUUUCAUCCCCGGAGUAUCGGUGAAUUACCACUGUGACCCGGGCUACACGCUCACGGGCACGACCAAAGUUUCCUGUCUGCCAUCUGGAAUGUGGAGUAUCCCUUACCCCCGAUGUGAAGUCGUCAUCUGCACAACGCCAGCAAUCAAGAACGGAGCAGUAGCUGGAGAGGGCAGAGCCAUGUACAAUCCUGGGGACACCGUCGCCUUCCAGUGCCACCCUGGCUACGUGCUGCAGGGCAGCCACAGCGCCGAGUGCUGGCACGACGGCCGCUGGGUCCCUCCAGUGCCCACCUGUGUGCCAGGGGUGCCUUGUCCUCCGCCGCCGGUCAUCGCCAACGCAACGCCCAGCGCGGAGCUCGGGGAGAGCUUCACCAGCGGCAUGUCCGUCACCUACAGCUGCGAGCCUGGCCUCUCGCUCGUGGGCAACGCUUCGCUCCUGUGCUCGCCCACGGGCACCUGGAGCCUCCCCUACCCGCGCUGCGCAGCUGGCUGUGGGACUCCACCAACACUGCUCUUUGCUGAGCUAAACAAGGAACACAAAAAUCAGACGGAGUUUCCUACUGGGACAACUGUGAAAUACUCCUGCGGGCCAGGAUAUGCUAAACAUCCACAAAUCCCACCAACAAUUACUUGUCUCGAAAACCAAACGUGGUCAGAUCCCCAGGAGUUCUGCAAACGGAAAAGGUGUGAGCACCCAGGAGAGCCCGAAAAUGGCAGAGUUAUUGUUACAACAGACGUGAUGUUUGGGUCAACUGUGAAUUACACUUGUGAGGAAGGGUUCAGGCUGGUGGGACCCGCUCAGCGGCGCUGCGUGAUCUCCGAGGCCGGGAAGAGCGUUGUGUGGAGCGGCGACGUUCCCGCCUGCCAGCCCAUCAUGUGCCAGCCGCCUCCGGACAUCCCUCGCGGGACGCACUCGGGCCGCCACACGGACAACUUCUCCUUUGCCGCUGUGGUCACGUACACGUGCGAGCCCGGCCACGCGCUCACGGGGGAGGCCUCCAUCUUCUGCACCACGGAGGAUGGGCUGCACGGCGUGUGGAGCGCGCCGCCGCCGCGCUGCGGAGAGGUGACGUGCCCAGUCCCGAAGAUCCAGAAUGGGAGAAUAUCCAUUCAUAAAGAUAACUACACGUAUGAGGAUACCGUUAGCUUUGAGUGCCACGAAGGCUUCACCCUGCAAGGCCAUCACACAGCUCGAUGCAGAGCCAAUAAAACAUGGGACCCACCUGUGCCAGUGUGUGAGCGGGGUGGAAUGACAAAACACCAUCACCAGCUUUUUGAUACCCCAACAAGGCCAGAGGAGCAUUACCUCCUCAUCUUUCCCACUCCUUUUCCAGGGCUGCAGUGCCUGCCCCCACCAGACAUUGCUAGUGGGGAGCACAGCAGCCAUUCCUCGGACACCUUUGCCAUGGGAGCACUCGUGCACUACAGCUGCAAGCCUGGCUUCUUCCUUGUUGGGAAUGAGUCUAUCCGUUUCGGCUGUGCAAACCCAGCAAUUGAGAAUGAAGAAGUAAUUGGAUUUGAGUCUCUCUAUAGACCUGGAGACAUCAUUAGGAUCGAAUGCAAAAGUGACAGGGGCCCCAAAGGCCUUCGUGAGUCCCAGUGCCAGGCUGGAGUUGUCAGGUGCCUCCAUCCUCCAAACAUCACAAACGGGAAGCUCAUAGGCCACAUCUCUGACACUUUUCCCUAUGGAGCAUCCGUGUCCUACAGCUGUGAUCCUGGUUAUUCACUCAUUGGGAAUGCUUCCAUUAACUGCACGGCGUUGGGAACUUGGGACCAGCCUCUUCCUCGCUGUGAAGAGAUCAGAUGUGCAUUCCCAGAAGUUCCAGGCAUUAAGAAAUCCAUGACGGGAAAUACCUAUCAACUGGGGACGAACAUCACUCUUGAAUGUGAUGACGGUUACACUUCAGGAGGCAUCAUCCAGACUCAGUGUCAGGAGGACCUCAGCUGGGACCCUCCUGUCCCAGCCUGUAAACUAGCUUCACAGAAGUCUAGCUCAGUUGGCCUAGGCAUUACAGCUGCAGUAGUUCUGCUUUUCCUGGGCGUGGGCAUUAUCUGGAAAAUUAUUUCAAAGCAGAAGCAAGGCUAUUAUCAUACAUAUGAAAACUACGGGUGCCGUACCCCUGCGGACCAUGUAACUGAACAGAAACCCCUGUGUGUUCCCUAGCAGGUAGGAGGCUGCUGGUUGCAGUAGCCUGCCCAGACUCCUCCAUGUAAAAGACACCGGCUGCUGGACGGCUUUGGUCCCUUUCUUUGAGACUGAAAUUCUGCAGCAAAAAAAAAAAAGGCACUUUACUACAGGACUGAAAUUGCUUCUGUUUCUAUUAAUUGCACCACUGCGAGGGCUUAUCCAAGCUCCAAUGGUGCACAGCAUAAAUGCUCUUUUAGAGACGUCUGUCCACACUCCUGCUGUGUGAUGAAGAACGUUUCCUUUAUUUUCAAACUCCUGCGAUGAGACAGAUGCACAGAAACAUCGUG